GGUGGCGGUGGAAGUUAAAUUUGGAACCCGGUGCUGAAAAGAGAAAUUUCUAGAAAACACGAAAAUUUCAUAAAAGCUUGUGAAAUGGAAAGGCACAGCAUAAUCGAUUGUUGUUCGACAGACUUCAGUAGAGCAGAAACAGUCUACCUGGGAAAUUCUACUGCUACAAGCAGUGACUUCAGGUCUAGGAUUAGGAAGAAAACAUCUUGGUCGAAUUCACUCUGCUCCGUACUCACGCUCAUCGUCAUCCCCUGGUCAUAGCGCACCAUCAUGGCACCGUCACAAAAGGCACCUGCUAUCGGUAUUGACUUGGGCACGACAUACUCCUGUGUAGCGGUCUUCCAGAACGGCAAAGUUGAGAUCAUUGCCAACGAGCAAGGCAAUCGCACUACACCGAGCUAUGUGGCAUUCACGGACACGGAGAGACUCAUUGGUGAUGCAGCCAAAAACCAGUCUGCCAUGAACCCAAAGAACACAAUCUUUGAUGCCAAGCGUCUCAUUGGUCGUCGAUUUGAUGAUGCAUCUGUUCAGGCAGAUAUGAAGCACUGGCCAUUCAAAGUGGUCAACAAGCAAGGGAUGCCCAUCCUGCAAGCUGAAUACAUGAAUGAGACCAAGACUUUCCCACCAGAGGAAAUCAGCUCCAUGGUCCUAACAAAAAUGAAGGAGACAGCUGAGGCUUAUCUUGGACAGAAAGUCAAGGAUGCUGUCAUCACUGUGCCGGCAUACUUCAAUGACUCCCAGAGACAGGCUACCAAGGAUGCUGGGAUGAUUGCUGGGCUCAAUGUCCUCAGGAUCAUCAACGAACCUACAGCAGCUGCCUUGGCCUACGGACUGGACAAGAAACUGAGUGGGGAGAAGCAUGUCCUCAUCUUUGAUCUUGGGGGCGGCACUUUUGACGUGUCUGUCCUGGCUAUUGAGGAUGGCAUGUUUGAGGUUCUGUCCACAGCGGGUGAUACUCACCUGGGUGGGGAAGACUUUGACAACCGCCUGGUGAACCACCUUGUAGAGGAAUUCAAACGGAAGUACAAGAAGGACUUGACAACAAAUCCAAGAUCCUUGCGCCGAUUGAGGACAGCGGCUGAGCGAGCUAAGAGGACCCUGUCCAGCAGCACGCAGGCAAGCAUUGAGGUGGACUCUCUCUUUGAGGGUAUCGACUUCUACACAUGUGUCUCACGAGCCCGUUUUGAAGAGCUGUGUGCUGAUCUGUUCCGUCAGUGCCUGAACCCUGUGGAGAGGGCUUUGGUGGAUGCAAAACUUGACAAGCACCUCAUCAACGAGGUUGUGUUGGUUGGAGGCUCCACCCGAAUCCCCAAAAUCCAGAAGCUGUUGCAGGAUUUCCUCAAUGGGAAGGAACUGAACCGCUCCAUUAAUCCAGAUGAAGCAGUAGCCUAUGGAGCCGCUGUUCAGGCAGCCAUCUUGAGUGGCGACCAGAGUUCAGAGGUAAAGGAUGUUCUUCUUGUGGAUGUUGCUCCUUUGUCACUUGGCAUUGAGACAGCUGGUGGCAUCAUGACUAAAUUGAUCGAGCGAAACACCCGCAUCCCCACCAAAACAUCCAAGACUUUCACCACCUAUUCCGAUAAUCAGCCUGCUGUUACCGUGCAGGUUUUUGAGGGAGAGAGAGCCAUGACAAAAGACAACCACUGUCUUGGUGUAUUUGAACUUUCGGGCAUCCCUCUUGCUCCUCGUGGUGUACCCAAGAUCGAGGUCACCUUGGAUAUUGAUGCUAAUGGUAUACUCAACGUCUCAGCUAAAGAUGAGAGCACUGGUAAAAGCAACCAGAUCACCAUCAGCAACAACAAAGGCCGUUUGUCAAAGGAAGACAUUGAUAGGAUGGUGUCAGAUGCUGAGAAGUACAAAGCAGAGGAUGAGGCACAGAGGGAGCGUGUUACUGCCAGAAACAACUUGGAAAACUAUAUCUUUAGUGUGAAGUCCACUCUUAGCGAGGAGGCUGUACAGACCAAGAUAGCAGUUGAGGACAAGGAGAAAGCAGAGAAUUUGUUACAGGAGAUUCUAGCCUGGCUGGACAAUAACAACUUGGCUGACAAGGAGGAGUAUCAAUACAAGCUGGAAGAACUUCAGAGGGUGUGUUCCCCAGUGAUGGCCAAAUUGUACAGUGCUGGCAAAGGGAACCAGGAGGAUGUGAGUGGAGGCCACCAACAAGGGCCCACUGUUGAAGAGGUAGAUUAGAUAUCACACUGAUACAUGUAUUUACAUUUUCUAAGCUGUCUUUCACUUUCUCGGGUGCCAAAGAUGCAAUGUACAUAGUUGCAAAGUAUUACAUGUAUUUCAGUCUUUGUGGCAAAGCUUUGUUUAAUAUUUCAAAGAGGAGAAUGUUUUACCUUAGCAAAUCAAUGCAUGUGUAAUGUACACAUUUUGGAAAUGUUUCUUUUAGUAUAAUACAUGUACAUGCAUUACUACAAUUCCAUUAAUUCUAUAACUCAUCCACUUCCCAAAUUCUGAAAUAUUGCUUUACCCAAGGAGUUUAGGUUUAUAAAGGAAGUAUUUUUGUGAAAACAUGUUUAAUAGUACCAGUAACAUAAAUUGUGUGAUAGCAUACUACAUGUAUAUUGUAAAUUUUAAACAAGUAUUGAAGUAAUUGUUCUUACAAAAUGUUACUUUUAACAAAUAUUAUAUUACUGGUAAUAUUAUUGAAGGUUUAUAUUGUAAAUUUCCAGAAUACUCUUGGUAAAUGAAUUAAGUAAUGUACUACUUCAUCUGAAUACUUUCAUACUUUAGUUUGGUUUAAUGAGUUUUAGCACAAAGUAUACUGCUGAUUUUAAUUCCCAUUACAGUAUGUAAUACACAUUCAUUCAGUACAGGGUCUAGAUACACUCUUUAAUGUUAAUUAGCAGAUUUUGCAACAGUGUUGUACAUGUAUGUUGUUAAAAACAAGCUACAGUAGAGGGAAUGAGGUGAAAUAAUAGCAGUUGUAAAGAUGAUCCAAAAAUUGACUGGAGCAGCAUUUUGACAACAUGAAAAUAACAGCUGAAGAUACGUAUGUAAUCCAAGAACACCUUAUCAAACUUUUGAUGCAUGAACUUUAAAUGCUAGAUCUGUAGAUAGAAGUUUAUUUUCACUUUAAUGAAUACAUGUAAAUUGGCUUUUGAAUAAUAAAUAGCAUUGAACUGUAUUUUGAAGAUGCAUACUUGAAAGUUAAAUGAAUAUUUAUUAAGAACUAAUAACUAAUAUUAAUGUCAACCAAUUUGAACCUGGCCCUAUUCUCUCAAGUAUAAUAUUCAAAGUGGACAUGUUUUUAAACAAGCUCACUUUAUAUGUAUAAUGGUAAUAUCAGGCUCAUGCCUAUUCAGCCUUGGAGAAUAAAGUACACAAAGUUUUUCCCCCUUUUGGGGAGGGAGCAUA